GGUUUAAGAAUAAAUACACCCCAUCAUUAACAAAAUGCUAGAUCUGACAACACCGCGUCUCCACCAUAUUGACAGGAAUACUACGUCAGAUUUUGACAAGUGACAUUCCCGAGAUCCCAAAAUAAAAACAAUUCUUUUGCAACAUCAGAGCUAAACUUAUAACUAUGGCGCUAAACCCGUGCAAAAAUCUACUAAAAUCACCAUGUAACCCAUUAAAAAUCUUCACGGCCGCUUAUCACCCAAAAGUGAUCGACCAUUACGAAAACCCUCGUAAUGUCGGCUCUUUGGACAAAAACGACGUCACGGUGGGCACGGGACUAGUGGGAGCCCCCGCAUGCGGCGACGUCAUGAAACUUCAAAUCAAAGUGGACGAAAAUGGGAAAAUUAUUGAUGCCAAGUUCAAGACUUUCGGUUGUGGAUCUGCAAUUGCAAGCAGCUCCUACACCACCGAGUGGGUCAAAGGGAAGACGGUGGAUGAGGCUUUGGGCCUGAAGAAUACAGAAAUAGCUAAAGAGUUGUCUUUGCCACCAGUGAAGUUGCACUGUUCCAUGCUGGCCGAGGAUGCUAUUAAGGCCGCUUUGAGUGAUUAUAAGAUUAAGCAGAAGAAGAAGGAUGGGGCUUAAGGUGUGGUGGGUUUGUAAAGGUUAUGGAUUUGUCACAGGUGGGAUAGUAGAGCAGUUUUAAAGGUACUUGUUAUUAUUUAUAAAUUUUUGGGACUUAUUAAAUGUUUUUGUUUCUAGAGUGAAAAAGCAUUAGGUCUUUUUUUUCAUAUCUUUUUAUUUUUGUUUUAAAUUUAAAACAAUAACCUUUCAAAGUUUAUUCUUUGGAUGUUAUUACAGUUUGACUAAUAUGUGCCAUAAACAGCUCUUAUGUCCCAUCUUGAUAAAAAAUCUCUGGUGAAUGUGAUAUACUCGUAGUAGGCUUAAUUUCUGUUAACAAUAAAUAUUCCACAUAUGAAA